AUGUCGUCUGCUCCACAGGAAACGACCUUUAGCAAGUACAACGCCAAGCAGGGCCAGCACUAUGCCAAUGUGCGCCCAGACUACCACCCGUCCGUCUACGACUUCAUCACCACCACUCACAAAACCACCGGCGGCCAGUUUGACAUCGUCGUCGAUCUCGGCUGCGGGCCGGGCAACGUCGCUCGCUCCCUGGCCCCGCAGUUCGCUCACGCUUAUGGCAUCGACCCGGCCCCGGGCAUGCUUGCCACCGCCAAAGAGCUCGGCGGCACAUCGGCGUCCGGCGAGGCCAUUCGCUAUGGCCAGGGCGGGGCCAACGACUUUGGCGCGGCGGGCGGCGACGCCGACGUGGCCUUGGAGGACGGCACCGUGGACCUCGUCGCGGUCGGCAACGCCGCCCACUGGUUCGACAUGCAGCAGUUUUGGAAGCGCGCGGCCCAGGUCCUGAAACCGGGCGGCUCGGUGGCCCUCUGGACCACUGGCGAUCUGCGCAUCCAUCCCGAUUCGCCCGCUGCCGACGCCGUCCAGGCCGCCAUCGACCACCUCCACGACCACGAGCUCAAGCCCUACUUCAACGAGGGCAACCACAUUGUGCGCAACGGGUACCGGGACCUGCUGAUGCCGUGGACCGCGCCCGAGCCCGUCGCGGCCUUUCCCCAGAGCGAGCUUGUGCGCCGCGACUGGACCAUGUCGGAGCGCUUCAUGGAUGUGGCCGACGUGGCCGUCAACAUGGACGUCCUCGAGAAGGUCAUGUCCACCAGCAGCAUCUACACGCGCUGGGCUGAGGCGAACCCGGACCGGCUCGAAGGCGAGGACAACGUCCUGCGCAAGCUACGCCGCGAGGUCGAGCGUCUCAUCCAGGACACAGGCGUGGAGAAGGGCAAGGAGACCGUCCGCGGCGUGGCACUCGGCGUCGUGCUCAUCGUCAAAAAGGCGGCGGCGUAG